AUGCUAACCUCUCUCCAGAUCCUCCGGAACGAAUCUGCCCCUGCCAUCGAACUUGCCGUUGAGCGAGACUUGUCCUCGUUCUCCCGCUUCACUCGAGAUAGCUAUGGCGAAUUCAUGACGGUAUUUGCCAAAACGGUGGCCGAACGCACCAAGCCCGGUGUCAGAGCAGAUAUUGAAGAGAAAUCCUACACCUUCCACGCCUACAGUACCAGCCUUGGAUUGUGCGGUAUCAUCAUAUCUGACGGCGAAUAUCCGGCGCUCGUCGCACACCAGCUCCUCUCCAAGAUCAUCGACGAAUAUUCUGCGCAGAAUCCGCGAUCCUCGUACUCGACGAACCCUCCGAACACGAGGCCAUUCCCACCACUUAAGGAGUAUAUUGUGAAAUACCAAGAUCCGGGACAGGCGGAUAGUAUCAUGAAAGUUCAGAGGGAGCUGGACGAGACCAAGAUUGUGCUGCACAAGACGAUCCAGAGUGUUUUGGAGCGAGGGGAGAAGAUUGACUCCCUCGUAGCCAAGAGUGACGGUCUGAGCGCGCAGAGUCGGAUAUUCUACCAGCAGGCCAAAAAGCAAAACAGUUGUUGUGUGGUUAUGUGA